CCCUCGCGCUUGCGUACUACGGCUAGUUCCCGUCACCGCGGCCCGGAUCGGGAAGUGUCAAGAGGGAGCCGGGUUCCCCCCACCUUCACCGCCGCCACUGCUGAACCCGGACCCCUCACCCCUGCCGGGCACUACCGCCAUGACGAACGUGUACUCGUUGGAUGGGAUUCUGGUGUUUGGUUUACUCUUUGUUUGCACCUGUGCCUACUUCAAGAAAGUACCUCGGCUCAAAACCUGGCUGCUUUCUGAGAAGAAGGGAGUUUGGGGUGUGUUUUACAAAGCUGCUGUGAUUGGAACCCGGCUGCACGCUGCUGUUGCAAUUGCCUGUAUUGUAAUGGCCUUUUACGUCCUGUUCAUCAAAUGAAUUCCAAAGUACCCAGCUCAUCAACUGCCAACCAAGGGGAUAAAGAUGAAGAAGUUGUCAGAAACCUGGACCCAGUGUAGGAGAGUUCAGCUAAAAUCAUCAGUGACCCCAAGAUGACACAGCAGCAUCUCCUGCCAUAUGUGGGGGAAACUCAUGGUCACAAACAUUGGUUUUUGCUUCAGGGGACUCCAGAAAGCCAACUUUUUUUCAUCUCUGUGUUAAUCAGCUCUCAGCAGCAAGCCUAUGUGUCCAGAUAAAUUACACCCUUUGGUGAUAUGAUUAUGUACAUCCUGCUUAAAAGCCUGGGCUGGGUGAUAGCUCAGUGGUAGAACAUUUGCUUAGUAGCAUUAUCAAGGUCUUGGGUUCUAGCCCCAACACUGAAAAAAACAACCUAUAACUGGUCAUCUAUUUUGCUCUUUAGUCCCUCAUCGGAAUCUUUUAAACUAAGGCUCACUGAGGAAGGACAUAGGCUGUGUUCAGACAGGCUCUCUGAAUGGCUCUGGCUGUCCUGGAACUCUGUGUAGACCAA